GGUCAUGCAUAUGUGGGAGGUGUGAAUGUCUGCUUUUAGAAAAAAGUGGACUGAUUUAUGGAAAGUUCUGUGAAUGUGACGAUAGAGAAUGUAUUGAUGACGAAACGGAUGAGAUCUGUGGAGGUAAGUACACAAUUCUAAUGAAUGUCUCAAUUAAUGUUUUGCCUUUUUGAUGUCUUGUUUGUGUGUGUAAUGUUUCUGUCAUUCAGUAAUUUAGAAUACUGAUGCAUUCAUCCAUACAUCACCAUUGAAAACAUUAUAAAUUUAAAAUGUAUAUCUAGGUUUCAAAUGUAAUAUUAGAUUUUUAAAAAAUCAGUCUUGCUAUCACAAUUAAAGGGACCAAAUAAGCACUGAAACAAUGUUAGGAUCAAAGGGACACUACAGUAUACGCACUAUACUAUACUAUACUGAACUCUGACUGGUCAAUUCUCUACCAUUUAGGAGUUAAAUCACUUUGUUUAUACAGACCUGGUCACACCUCCCUGUAUUAAACUCACAAAUCCUUCCUAAACACUUCCUGUAAAGUAAGAUCUAAUGAUUAACUUCCUUUAUUAGACGUUCUGUUUAAUUUAGAAUUCCUUAUAUCCUGCUCUGCUAUUAUUAUUAUUGCCGUUUAAAUAGUGCCAACAGAUUCCGUAGAGCUUUACAAUAUCAUGAGAGGGAGGAUUUAACUAUAAAUAGGACAAUUACAAGAAAACUUACAGGAAUGAUAGUUUGAAGAGGACCCUGCUCAAACGAGCUUACAGUCUGUAGGAAGUGGGGUAUAAAACACAUUAGGACAGGAAAUAGCAAUAACAUAAAGUGGGAGUGAAGCAGAGCUGAAGGAGAGAGUAGAGUGCUGCCCUUUAGGAGAGAGCAAGAGACAGGUAUGUAAGGUAGAGGUUACUCUGGGAGGCCAUACGCUUUCCUAAAGAGAUGGGUUUUAAGGCACUUCUUAAACAAUUGUAGACUAGGGGAGAGUCUGACGGCGGUAAUCAGGCUAUUCCAUAGGAAGGGAGCCACCCGCGAGACGUCCUGCAAGCGUGAGUUGGCCGUACGGGUGCGAGCAGCAGACAGGAGAAGGUCACGGGCAGAGCGGAGAGACCGAGAAGGGACAUACCUAUGGAUUUGUGAAGAGAUAUAAGAGGGACUAGAAUUAUUCAGUGCUUUAUAGGUAUGGGUUAGCACUUUGAAUUGACUCCUAUAGGAUACAGAAAGCCAAUGUAAUGACUGACAGAGGGGUGAGGUGUUAGAGGACCGAUUAGAAAGGAAAAUCAGUCUGGCGGCAGCAUUCAUUACAGACUGUAACGGGGCAAUUAGGGAAGACCAAUUAGGAGAGGGUCACAAUAAUCCAUGCGGGAAAUUACUAGAGCAUGGACAAGCUCCUUGGUAGCAUCUUGUGUAAGAAAGGGACGGAUGCUGGCUAUGUUUUUAAGAUGGAAUCUUCAGGAUUUGGCAACAUACUGGAUGUGAGGCUCAAAGGUGAGGCCAGAGUCAAGUAUGAUGCCAAGACAGCGCACUUGCAAGGAUGGACUCAUGUGAAUACCACUAACUUGAAGGGAGAGUGAAAGAGGAGGAUCAGUAUGAGGAGGAGGAAAGACAAGGAGCUCAGUUUUAGAGAGAUAGAGUUUCAGAAAGCGGGAGGACAUCCAGUCAGAGAUGGAAGAAAGGCAAGCAGUGACACAUUGCAGGACGGCAGUGGAGUGGUCCGGGGAGGAGAGAUAUAUCUGGGUGUCAUCAACGUACAGGUGUUAUUGAAUUCCAAAAGAGGUAAUAUGUUUGCCAAGAGAGGCAGUAUAAAGGGAAAAUAGAAAGGGAGCAAGGACAGAGCCUAGGGGGACUCCAACCGAGACAGGACAAGGGGAGGAGGUAUCAUUAGAAAAGGAGACGCUGAAUGAGCGUUGGGAGAGAUAGGAGGAAAACCAUGAGAGGACAGAGUCACAGAAACCGAGUGAUUGAAGAAUUUGAAUAAGGAGAGCAUGAUCAAUGGUGUCAAAGACAGCAGAGAGGUCAAGAAGAGUUAGUAUGGAGUAGUGGACUUUGGAUUUAGCUGUGAUUAGGUUGUUAGUAACUUUGAUAAGAGCAGUCUCAGUAGAGUGGAGAGGGCGGAAGCCAGAGGGAAGAGGGUCGAGGAGAGAGUUGGAAUUGAGGAAGUGAGACAUACUGGUAAAGACAAGUCUUUCCAGAAGCUUUGAGGAGAAAGGGAGCAGGGAUUUGGGACGAUAGUUAGAGGGGGAGGACGGGUCAAGAAAUGUUUUUUUCAGGAUAGGUACUACAGUGGCAUGUUUAAGUUCUGCAGGGACAAAGCCAGAAGAGAGAGAGAGCAGUUGAAGAUGUUUGUUAAGGAAGACGCAAGACAAGGGGAGGGAGAUCUGAUACGGUGAUAUGGGAUAGGAUCGAGCGGGCAAGUGGUGGGGCGAGAGGAAAGGAGAAGCACAGACACCUCUUGUUCAGUAGCCAGGGAGAAAGUCUGAAGGGUAGGAAAGGCAUGAUCUACGUGUGGUUGAGAAAGAGAAAGGCAGGGUGGGGAGAAUUCUUUCCUUAGCUGUUCAAUCUUGUCUGUAAAAUAACAUGCAAAGCUAUCGGGUAUAAGGUUAGAUUAGGGGGUGGCCACAGCAGGGUGAAUAAGAGAUUUAAAGGUGUCAAAGAGAUGCCUGGGAUUGCGGGACCAUGAACUAAUGAGAGAGGGAAAGUAUGACUAUUUGGCGGUGGCAAGGGCUGCGUUUUAUGAACACAAUAUGAAUCUAAAAUGGAGAAAGUCUGACUGGGUGCGAGACUUCCUCCAGGAGAAUUCAGCACAACGGGAGCAUCUUUGCAGGUAGCGUGUUGAUGUAGUAUGCUUUUUAGUAAUAGCUUUCUAGACCCUCAUGUGUGAUUAAAGUUCAAUUUACAGAGCAGAUGAUAAAAACUUCUAAAGUAGGUUAACAUCUGAUUGAAAAAUUAACCAUUUUGCUUUAAUGCAGGCUCUGUCAAUCAUAGCCAGAGGAGGUGUGGCUAGGGCUGCAUAAACAGAAACAAAAGUGAUUUAACUCCUAAAUGCCAGUGAAUUGAACUGUGAAACUUCAGAGGCAUGAUCUUUAUACUAAAACUGCUUCAUCAAGAUAAAGUUGGUUUGGUGACUAUACUGUCCCUUUAACAGCUUGAUUCACUACAUUUUAAGGAUAGAAAUAUAUUUAUACGAUUGAUAAAAUUAAAUUUGAAAUCCGCAUGCUAUUUGAGGGUAUAUUUACUAGACAUUUGGCUGUACACAGAUAGCAGUGGGCUUGCUGACUGAGGUCAGAAUAACUUAGGGGAGUUGCAGAUUUUUAUCAACUUUUUCACAGGUUUGCAAAUUUGUUGAGUGGUCGUCACAACUCACAGCUAAGUGUGAUAAAUACCAUAGGGUGGAUUGAAAACUGUUUAUCUCUAAUUUUCCAACACUGUUGGAAAACCGGUGAGCUCCUAGUUCCCUAUUCUUUUGAGUCCUAGCAUAAUCUCUGUCUUAACACACAUGUGCUUUACCCAGCCCAUAUACUCCAACUCGUAUUGUGUGAUGGAAUGUUAAAAUUUAUAUCAAAUGCUGGUCUCUCAACACACACUGAAUUUCAAAAAUACUGUGGCAUCUUGCUUAGCCACUACUAGCAGCCAGUGAGCUGCAGGCAACUUAUUUAAAAGAAAAAAAAAAGGAUGACAGGCUUUUUAUAACUGCAUUUACGCUGCUGGCUAGGAAGUCACGGCACAUUAAGCAGAAAUACUGUUUCCCAAGAAGAAAGAUAUUAGACAGUAAAGAGGAUGCAUUUGUUCAAGAACUGAUAUUGUGGUUUCAAACUUGUUUUAAGAACUCCUCAUUUUAUUACACCCCUUAAUUCACAAACAGGUAAGACAAUAGGCAAAUAUAUUAUGGCCACAAGAGGGAACAAAAAAUUUAUAAAAAUAAAAAUAUAAACCGCUAUUAUAUCUCCAAAACUGAGUGACUCAACACCAUAUAAACAAAUAAACAAACUAAAAAUAACGGAGUAGCACUGUAGAAAUUGUAAGUGUCUGAGAAAUUGUCUCCAGUUUUACAAAUCAUUUUUUGUACCCGAGAAACAUCACUCUAAAAAUGUACUUAUAAAUGCAUUUAUUUUGUAAAAAUGAAGUAUGUAUACAAAUAUAUGUAGUUUGUUUUUUUCUCACUGUAUAAAAUUUGUUUUGGGUGCAGGCCACGGGAAGUGUUACUGUGGAAACUGUUACUGUGAGGCUGGUUGGCAUGGAGAUAAAUGUGAAUUCCAGUGUGAUAUCACCCCAUGGGAGAUCAAGAAAAGAUGCACAUCGCCAGAUGGCAAAAUCUGCAGCAACAGAGGUGUGUCAUUACUAAUGAACCUCACAUCUGUAUGUCUUUCAAUUAGUCUUACACAGUAA